AUGGCGUACUAUCUUCUAUACGUUUUAACAAUCUCUGUGGUGGUUUGUGGUACAGUCCUCUAUCUUACCCGGGCCCGUUGGUUGUCUUUAGUCCCACUUCCUGAUUACAUAUACGAUCGCCUACCUUCUAGUUUCGCCGAUGACCUAGAGGCGGGACUGACAUCAACGCAGUUUGACCUCUCCGCCAACAUUGCAGAUGGAGACACUAGGGCUGGGUUGAAUAAUCAAGCUAAACGACAAAUCAGGAAGAUCAUGAAACGCCAAAAGACAGACUUUGAUGAAGCUCGCCGGAUAUAUACCGAGCAGCAUUUUGCUAAGAAUAACAUUGGACCCGACGGCCGGCCCAGGGACCCGAAGUUUGUUUCAUUCUCAUAA